CUUCAGUCACUGUAAAGGAGAAACGUUGACAGGGACGGUAUAUUUAACCAUAGACAGACAAAAAAAAAAAAAAGAAGGGAAAUAAUAUAAGGAUCCGCCAUUGCCCAAUCCUCCACCGUCUCUCUUAUUUCUUUUACCUUCAUCGAAAGUCACAGAGACCCAAUUGGCCAAAUUCCAUUUCCAAACACGAACCUUCUCCUCCAUCCCCGCAAAAAUUUCCUUCCUUUUCCUUCUCGUGUCCCAUACCCAGACAAAAAAUAAUAAUAAUUAUUAUUGAGGAGAAAGAAAAAAAAACAGUUGCUGAUUCUUUGGUUUCCCACUCUGUUUGGGGUUCUUUCUUUUUCCUUUUUUUAAUUCCAACAGAUUCUUAACUUUCCUUCUAAUCCCCCCAUCAAUUCUCCCUUUUCCUCCCUCCAUCCCACUUUCCCUUUGGCUCUCUCGCGCUUUGAGAUAUUUCCUUGUGAUUUCCCUCUUCCGAUUCCGGCAAUCCGGUGGGAAUUCUGGCGAUUACCGCGUCGGAAUCGUUGCUGGGUCUCUGAAUUUGGGGAGCAGGAACAGAGGUAUUGGAUAAAGGAAGGAUUUUUGUAUAUAUAUAGGGUGGUGGUGGAAAACGGUGGAGAAAAGUUGUUGAAUUUUGGGGAGCUGAUUAUCGAAGCAGAAUUGCCUUAGGUGGUUUGUUUGUGUAUCUACUUUUUGGGGAGAGAUGGACAAGUAUGAGCUAGUGAAGGACAUAGGAUCUGGCAAUUUCGGGGUUGCUAGGCUGAUGAGGAACAAGCAGACCAGAGAGCUCGUCGCCAUGAAAUAUAUCGAGCGUGGCCCCAAGAUUGAUGAGAAUGUGGCAAGAGAGAUUAUAAAUCACAGAUCGCUUCGCCAUCCUAACAUAAUUCGCUUCAAGGAGCUGGUUCUGACUCCAACCCAUCUAUCUAUAGUGAUGGAGUAUGCUGCCGGCGGGGAGCUGUUUGAGCGCAUCUGUAAUGCUGGAAGAUUCAGCGAAGAUGAGGCUAGGUACUUCUUCCAACAGCUUAUUUCAGGCGUCAGCUACUGCCAUUCCAUGCAAAUAUGCCAUCGAGAUUUGAAGCUGGAAAAUACAUUACUGGAUGGAAGCCCAGCCCCACGGUUGAAGAUAUGUGAUUUUGGUUAUUCAAAGUCUUCUUUACUUCAUUCAAGACCAAAAUCAACUGUUGGGACUCCAGCAUAUAUUGCUCCGGAGGUUCUUUCCCGCAGAGAAUAUGAUGGCAAGUUGGCUGAUGUAUGGUCAUGUGGAGUAACACUCUAUGUUAUGCUGGUGGGAGCAUAUCCUUUUGAAGACCAGGAUGACCCAAAGAAUUUCAGAAAAACAAUCAACAAAAUAAUGGGUGUUCAGUACAAGAUCCCAGAUUUUGUACACAUAUCGCAAGAUUGUAGGCACCUCAUUUCCCGCAUAUUUGUUGCAAAUCCGCUCAAGAGAAUCACAAUGAAAGAGAUCAAGAGCCACCCUUGGUUUCUGAAGAAUCUGCCUAGAGAACUGACGGAGGCAGCCCAAACCAUGUACUACAGGAAAGAGAAUCCAGCCUUCUCCUUACAAACUGUGGAGGCGAUCAUGAAAAUCGUUGAAGAGGCCAAAGUGCCUGCAAAAGUCUCGAGAUCAAUUGGGGCCUUCGGCUGGGGAGCAGAAGAUGAAGAAGAAGAGGAUGAUAAAAGGGAAGAAGAGCCCGAGCCUGAGGCUGAGGAAGGAGGAGGAGUGGUUGAUGAGUAUGAAAAGAGGGUUAAGGAGGCACAAGCUAGUGGCGAAUUCCGAGUUAGUUAAGCGGAUGAUACCUAGUUUGCACGUUGGGGAAGUAUGGACGUCUAGGAAUAUGCUGCUUGCUUCCUAUUUUACCUCUACAAUAGGAUUGCCAUGGAGAGUCUGUAUAAAACAACCUUCUGUAAUCUAGAACCCCCUUAUGGUGCAUGUGUGGUAAUAAUCUGUGUGUGUAAAUUUGUAGCGGUUUUGGGUAUUGGCAGGCAGGCAAGGUGUGGGACGAAAUCUGCUCCACGGGAAAUAGGGUUUGUGUUUGUGCUGAAUUCUGCAAGACAG